AUGGAUGCAGACGCUAGUCCAGCUGGUACUCGACCAUAUCGCUCCAAGUUAAAGCGGCCUUGUGAUCGCUGUCGCUCCAGGAAGAUAGCUUGCAUCCUGCCUGAAAGCGGGCCUUGUCGCAAUUGCUGGAAUGUCGGCAAAUCUUGUACAUUUGACAAGCCGCCCAAUCCACGGAAUCGUGAGAUAGUUAACAGACGAGCAUCUACAAAACCGACUGACCACUCUUCGUACUUUGCGCCAAGUCCUGACAGAUCCAGCGAGUAUAUGAGGUUCGAAAGAACAAAUCACGGCAACACUACUUUUCAAGUUGAUACCAGCGUCUCCCCGAGGGUAUAUCAUAACCGGUCUUAUCAUGCCCUACCUACAACAAACAGGAAGCAAGCCAAACCAGCAGCCAGCUUUGGCUCUAUAGAUGUCAUCAACAAUAUCAGAGACACUCCAAAAAUCCAGCACAUUCGCUCUCUUGAUCAAUUGAAUGCCUCGACUGCACAGCUCUUCGGCACGUCAGCAGAAUCGGAUCCAUGGCUACUGCGACAUUGUAAGUACGACGAUAAUGGCAUGCGACAUCUCCAUGGUAUUCAUUUUCGAAAUGUCGGCGGGGUACCGGUGGAGGGUCUAGUCCCUGUGCAUUUUCUGGUGACCGAAGACUCCCUCCUUGUGCCAUCCAAGGAAGCCACAUCAUGUUCUGCAGAGGUGGAUGUACUCAAGAUUAGGGAUGAGCUGAAUGAAAUGAUUCCGCCUAAAUUUGGAGUACGGUUGGUCCCGUUAUUCAUGAAGUUUGUUUUCCCUGUGAUGCCAGUCAUCUCUCGGUCUCAGAUGGGUUUUAUGUCGAAAAUUACUGAACAGUCUUUGCAAAAUAUCCCAGCUCAUUUACUGGCGGCACUCUAUGCAUCGGCUUUACCGUUCAAGAUUCAUGACCCACAGUUAGUCUUAUGCGGAGUCUAUGACAACCAGAUAUGCGAUAAACUAUGGCGAAGAGUGUAUCAACUCAUCAUGCAGGAAAUUCACACGCCACACUUGUCUGUUCUUCAAGCUUGUUUGCUGUAUCUACAACGCCUACCAGUCGGGAGUCAAAGUGCAUUGGCAGACAGUCCAUUUCUGUGGUCGUUCCUUGGAACUACAGUAGGUUUGGCAUCAUCCUUGGGUCUCCAUCUUGAGCCUCGACCAUGGGGUAUCCCGGCGUGGGAGAAAAGGCUUCGACGGCGAUUGUGGUGGGCUGUCUAUGUGGAGGACAAGUGGCGAAGUUUGCUCAUCGGGCGCCCGCCGUUUGUUGAUCGAGAAGAAUGGGAUGUCCAAAGUCUGGAUGAAAAUGACUUUGUUGUCGACGGCCAAGAUGAAAGUCUUGAAAAUGGGGCUACAUUUAGGUCAUUCACGAAAUUGGCCAUCAUCGCAGACGAUAUUCAUCAAACAUUCUAUACCCUAAGAGCAUCUCAAAGGAUGUGCGAGGAUUUUCGAAUCUCUAUCAACGCUGCCCGGCCUAUCCGCGAAGAGUUGCAGGCGUGGUACGCUUCUCUUCCUGAAUCUCUACGCAUCAAACAAAAACACGAAAAUAAUUAUCAGGCGCCCCGCAUUGAAGCCCGAUCACCCCCGCCGCCACCAAUAGCCGAUGACAAAUAUCCCCAGGAUAUCUCUUGGCUGCUCGAAGAUUUAGGAUAUGAUGGGCAGGGUCUAGAUCAGCUUCCUGUUGUGGACUUUUCGGAAUUAGGCGAUGCUGCAGAGGCGACGUUGAAUGCUGCCGAGAAGUGUGCGGGCAUUAUUGUCAAUUUUGUUGGCGCUUUGACACCAGUUGAUUUUGAUACAUUUUGGUACCCUUGGACGCGGAUAUCCUUUGCUACGGUCUCGAACUUCAUUCUUCUCCUCCUCAUUCAAGCGCCCACAUUGCAGCAUGCUUCACGAACGAAACAUUUACUUGAUAUCUGGUUGCAGAAUCUCAGUCGUCAAUACAAGAAUCAUGAGAAUUUGAUGUCACUGGGUCUGGUACGCCUACGUACUUUGAUGGCAGAUGGACUGGCGCGUAACUUCAUUGUCUCCCCACACUUGGCUGAGGUUUUGAACACGGGAACUACAGGACAUGGCGAGAUGCCAACCGAUAAUACUUGGAACAUCCAGCAGUAG